UCAAAGUGGAACUUACAAAGCCACCUUGCUUAGAUUGUUGUGAUUCGUCCAUAGUUUAGUAAUUUGGUGUGGCUGUUGUUUUUGUGAUUUAACUAAGAUGUUCACAAUUCACUAGAAGAGAUCACUGAGCUUCGCUCACUACCAACAGAAAUGAGAUUCCAUCUGAUUUUGUCUAGCUGUGGCACCUCCUGCUGCCAUCUCGAAUCUUUCAAAACUCUUAUAAAGAUAGAUUAAGCAAACAGCAAUGCCCCUUGCAACAUCUGGAAAUCUGUGCUUAUCAUGCCAAUGUAGAAUAUGUGGAGUAACGUAAGCAGGCAAAGAUGAGCUUCUUCGGUUAGUAUCAAGAACUUGAAAGCUGGAAAAUGAGCCUUGCAUUUGUGCCAUAGAGCCUCAUCCAGAGCUAUAAUACACUCCUCUUGUACAAAAAAACAGAGCAACAUGCAAAGUUCAAUUUAGCAUGUUCCAUUUUUCAGAGGGUUUCAGUUUUGUAUGGCAGUGCUGGAGAGGGCCAUAAAUCAUCAUUGGUUAACAAAACCAAGGAAAACAGGAUGUUUGUUCUCUUCUACUGAAGGGUUAGAGUGGCAAAGGUGUUAACUUUACAAAGAAAUUUGACUUGAUUGAGUUGAUUCAUUCUAUUCAUACUUUGUUUGAUUUCUUGGACGGAUCCCAUUCAAAAAUGCAGCAAUAUUUUGUUAAGAACGCAGUAGGAGAACUCAAUUAAAAUUCCAAAUUUUUAUUUUAAUUUUCAUAAAAUUAAGGAGAGACAAAGAAUCAAAAACAGAGCCCCAUGGAGCGAACAACAUAAACAGGCUCACUGGACAACUGGGCUAGUUGGUUCAGAGUUAGAGAACACGUAACUUCUGGUUGGUAAAUUGGGCUUGGCUGCUGGUUGCUAUUGCAAAGUCGUUGGGGUGGUUCUAGUCUUUUCACUUACUUUCCGAGUUUGCAGAAAUUGUAGAACAAAAGGGUCAGCAUGGAAGAGCGGAGAUGCAGCCUAUGUUAUUAACGAAGCCGACAGUUCUUCUCGCGGUGACCCUCGGUAGCACCAUCAUCUUCGUACUAUUUUUCCAACCGAGGCACCUGUCUUCUUCUCGAAAGCCGGACUCCAUGGCUGCUCGAAGCUUUGUUCUUUGGCUCCACGGGCUAGGUGACUCUGGCCCUGCCAAUGAACCCAUCAAGACCCUCUUCAGGUCUCCCGAGUUCAGAAACACCAAAUGGUCUUUCCCUUCUGCUCCUGAAAACGCCGUCACCUGCAAUUAUGGUAUGAGGAUGCCUUCUUGGUUUGACAUCCAUGAGAUUCCUGUGACAGCUGAUUCUCCGAAAGAUGAAAGUGAUCUUCUUAAAGCGGUUCAGAAUGUGCACACAAUGAUAGACAAGGAAGUAGCUGCUGGGACAGAUCCUAAUAAUGUAUUUGUAUGUGGAUUUAGUCAAGGGGGUGCCUUGACCUUAGCUAGUGUCCUGUUGUACCCAAAAAGGCUUGGAGGUGGUGCAGUCUUUAGUGGAUGGGUUCCUUUCAAUUCUUCAAUGAUUGAAAAAUUCCCAGAAGAUGCAAAGAAGACACCUAUUUUGUGGUCUCAUGGAAUGGCUGACAGAACCGUGCUGUUUGAGGCUGGACAAGCAGGGCCCCCAUUCAUUGAACAAGCAGGAGUAAGCUGUGAGUUUAAGGCUUAUCCUGGUCUUGGCCAUUCAAUAAGCAAUGAGGAGCUGCAGUUCCUUGAAUCAUGGAUCAAGACUCGUCUACAGAGUUCUUCAUAGAGGUUUGAUUAUCUUAAGAACUGUAUCGGAUUAUUGUCAUUCCUUUGAGUGAAAUUGUUAAUUAAUUAAAUACUAUAAAAUAAGGGAGAGUGACUUUUGAGUAUGUUAUUUCAUAUGUUGAUUAUUAAAAGUUGAGAGUGAACUUCUGUAUUGUUGCUUUAUUUGAAACAAAAGUUUCUAUACUUGGGGUGCAGAGAAGCAUCCAUGAUCUAA